AUGACUAUCUCAGUCUUUUGGAAGAUAAUGGUCCUGGCUCUCCUCGAGCCAAUUUUGGAUCAGAACUUAUCCUUCUUGGGGAUGAAACUGACAUCAGCAUCAUAUGUUUCUGCAAUUAUGAAUGCUGUUCCAGCCAUUACCUUUGUGAUUGCAGUUAUUUUCCGGUUGGAGCUUGUAAAGAUUAAAGAACGACGCAGUCAGGCUAAGGUUGUCGGAACCCUAGUAACAUUUGCAGGGGCAUUAGUAAUGGCAUUGUAUAAAGGACCCAUAAUCGAUCUAUUUUGGACCCCGAAAGCAAGCCACUUUGUAAAUAGCAGCGAGUCAUCUGGCCAACAUUGGGUCGUCGGGACACUCUGCAUCCUUGUUGGUUGUCUCGCAUGGUCUGCUUUCUUCAUACUUCAAUCGAUUACACUGAAGGAAUACCCGGCCGAGCUGUCUCUGGCAUUCUGGAUAUGCUUGAUGGGCACAGUGCAAAGCGCGGCAUUGACUCUAGUGGCUGAGCAUAGUCACCCUGGCGUCUGGGCGAUUGGCUUCGACUCCAGGCUCCUCGCUCCCGUUUACAUAGGUAUAGUAGCCUCCGCAGUGGGUUACUACGUUCAAGGCGUGGUGAUGAAGACAAGGGGUCCAGUGUUUGUAACAGCCUUCAACCCACUGUGUAUGAUCAUUGUUGCUGCUCUCGGAUCUGUUGUUCUAGCCGAGAAACUUCAUCUUGGAAGUGUAAUUGGAGCAAUUAUCAUAGCAAUCGGCCUUUAUGCUGUUGUUUGGGGUAAAAGCAAAGAUCUUAUCGACUCCCAGCCACCAAGUGAUGAAAAGGGUGAAGCCAGUGAACUUCCGAUCACCAAAACGGAUAGCAUUAAGCUGGUGAUUUUCGAUGAUAAACACGCAGGGAAAUCAGAAAAGAAGUAG